AUGAGUUGGGCAUACCGGGUACUGGGAGCGUACCUGUCUCAAUGCAGCCUCAUCCUUUUCAGAAGAAGCGCUUCACUAACGGCAUUAAGAAUGCUAUCAUCAUCAUCCUUUUCAGCAAACCCUAAUCUUUCACUACAUUUCACCAUGAAACCCACCACCACCGAAAUACCACCGACAAAAGCCCCCAAUUUUCCUUUCUUUACCAAUCCCAAGAUUACUAUUUCGCAAAAUGUUGCACCAUCUAAGUGUUUCUCUGCAACAAACACUGUUCCCAUUCUUAAGGUUAAUAAUGCUUUGGGGAAUGAGGAGGUUGAAGGUAGCGACCCGCUACUUGUGGUGGUUUCUUUCUAUAAAUUUGCUGAUUUCCCUGACCAUGCUGAUUUUAGGAAACCGUUGAAGGAACUCUGUGAGCAACUGCGUGUUUCAGGUGGAAUUAUUCUUGCACCUGAAGGAAUCAAUGGGAGCAUAUGUGGUACACGGGAUUCAGUGGAAAGUGUUCUUGCAUUCAUUCAAAGUGAUGAGCGUCUGAAGGGACUUAGAUUGGUUGAGUCACCAGUGAGCCCUGAGGAAGAAGCUCUUCAUCAUGGGCAUACAAGCAGCUCUCCUCUUGCAGCGGGCGAGGAUGCUCCCUUUAGGUGGGACCACGUGAGGGUGAAGCUCAAAAAAGAGAUAGUUACACUUGGAAUGCCUUCUGUUUCACCAAUUGAAAGAGUUGGCAAGUACAUUAAACCGAAGGAAUGGAACACAUUGAUUAGUGAUCCAGAUGUUGUUGUGAUUGAUGUUCGCAAUGACUAUGAAAUUAGAGUUGGGAAGUUCAAGGGGGCAGUUGAUCCUUGUACCACAGCAUUCCGGGAUUUUCCAUCAUGGGUGGAGGAUCGAUUUAAACUUGCUGAUUCAGGAGACAAGGUGGAGUCUUCUGGUUCUACUGGAGCAUCAGAUAAGCUGACAAAGGAAAAAGGAAACAAAAAAGUUCCUCGAGUUGCAAUGUACUGUACUGGUGGAAUUCGGUGUGAGAAAGCUUCAAGUUUUCUCCUCAGCAAAGGUUUUGAAGAGGUUUAUCAUCUAGAAGGUGGGAUUUUAAGGUACCUGGAGGAAGUUCCCAAGACGGAGAGCCUUUGGGAGGGGGAAUGCUUUGUGUUUGACAAGCGAGUUUCUGUAGAGCAUGGUUUGGUGCAGGGAACGUUCAAACUUUGCUAUGGAUGCAAGAAACCAGUGAGUGAUGCAGAUAUGGAAUCUCCAGAAUGGGAGUAUGCCGUCUCUUGUCCGUACUGCUUUGCAUCAAAAUCUGAGGAAGAAAAGGAAAGGGCAAGAGCUCGACAAAGGCAGUUUGAGAAAUGGGGUAUCAUUGGUGGUCCAGACAAGGGCCGCAGACUAGCAAAGACUCUGGAUAUCAACGAGAGUUCUGCUACUCAGAUGUCAAAAUCUUUAUAGCCAUCUAGG